AUGCAGUCCUCCCCGGGAAUGUUGACCAAGUUUGAGUCCAAGUCCUCUCGAGCAAAGGGCAUUGCCUUCCACCCCAAGAGACCAUGGAUCCUCGUGUCGCUACACUCUUCCACUAUCCAGCUCUGGGAUUACCGAAUGGGAACAUUGAUUGAUCGUUUCGAGGAACACGAUGGCCCCGUUCGAGGUGUCGAUUUCCACAAGACCCAGCCGCUCUUCGUCUCGGGCGGUGACGACUACAAGAUCAAAGUCUGGUCCUACCAGACCAGGCGCUGCCUGUUCACCCUCAACGGCCAUCUUGACUAUGUCCGAACUGUCUUCUUCCACCACGAGCUUCCCUGGAUCCUGUCAGCCUCGGAUGACCAGACCAUUCGGAUAUGGAACUGGCAGAACCGUUCAUUGAUCUGCACCAUGACUGGCCACAACCACUAUGCCAUGUGUGCCCAGUUCCACCCCAAGGAAGACCUCGUCGUCUCGGCCUCUCUCGACCAGUCCGUCCGCGUUUGGGACAUCUCCGGCCUCCGAAAGAAGCACUCUGCCCCCACUUCGAUGUCUUUUGAAGACCAGAUGGCGCGCGCCAACCAGAACCAGACCGACAUGUUUGGCAACACCGACGCCGUUGUCAAGUUCGUCCUCGAGGGUCACGACCGAGGUGUCAACUGGGUCGCCUUCCAUCCCACAAUGCCCCUCAUUGUGAGCGCUGGCGACGAUCGCCUGGUCAAGCUCUGGCGCAUGAGCGAGACCAAGGCUUGGGAGGUUGAUACAUGCCGAGGACAUUUCCAGAACGCCUCGGGUUGUCUUUUCCAUCCGCACCAGGACCUGAUUCUGUCUGCUGGCGAGGAUAAGACCAUUCGUGUGUGGGAUCUUAACAAGCGAACUGCCGUUCAGUCCUUCAAGCGAGAGAACGACCGUUUCUGGGUGAUUGCUGCCCACCCCGAGAUCAACCUCUUUGCUGCUGGCCACGACAAUGGUGUCAUGGUCUUCAAGCUGGAGCGUGAGCGCCCUGCCUCGGCAGUUCACCAGAACCAGCUGUUCUACGUCACCAAGGAGAAGCACGUCAAGUCCUACGAUUUCCAGAAGAACAUCGAGAGCCCUACCCUGCUGUCGCUCAAGAAGCUUGGUAGCGCCUGGGUUGCGCCCCGUACCCUGUCCUACAACCCUGCGGAGCGAUCUAUCCUUGUCACCUCCCCCGCUGAGGGAGGCUCUUAUGAGCUUGUGAACCUUCCCAAGGAUGGCUCGGGCGCUAUCGAGCCAGCCGAGUCCAAGCGUGGCGCUGGCAACUCGGCCAUCUUCGUGGCUCGCAACCGAUUCGCUGUGCUCAACUCGGCCAACCAGACCAUCGAUAUCAAGGACCUCUCCAACAACACGACCCGAUCCUUCAAGCCUCCCGUUGGCACCACUGACAUCUACUUUGGAGGUACUGGUAACCUGCUGAUCAUCACCCCCACCGCCGUCCACCUUUACGACAUCCAGCAGAAGAAGAGCACCGGUGAGCUUGCCGUCAACGGUGUCAAGUAUGUUGUGUGGUCCAACGAUGGCCUCUACGCCGCUCUCCUGAGCAAGCACAAUGUCACUAUUGUUACCAAGACUCUCGAGCAGGUCAGCACCCUCCACGAGACGAUUCGUAUCAAGAGCGCCACCUGGGACGAUGCCGGUGUCCUCCUCUACUCGACUCUUAACCACGUCAAGUACACUCUCCUGAACGGCGACAACGGUAUUGUCCGAACCCUGGAUCAGACCGUCUACCUGGUCAAGGUCAAGGGCCGCAACGUUUACUGCCUUGACCGAGCUGCCAAGCCCCGUAUCCUGCAGAUCGACCCUACCGAGUACCGAUUCAAGCUGGCCCUCGUGAAGCGAAACUACGAGGAGAUGCUUCACAUCAUCCGAAAUUCCAGCCUUGUGGGACAGUCCAUCAUCUCAUAUCUCCAGAAGAAGGGCUACCCCGAGAUUGCUCUGCAGUUCGUCCAGGACCCUACUACCCGAUUCGACCUUGCCAUUGAGUGCGGCAACCUUGAUGUGGCUGUUGAGAUGGCUAAGGAGCUUGACAAGCCCAAGUUCUGGACUCGCCUGAGCACCGAGGCCCUGGCACAUGGCAACCAUCAGGUCGUUGAGAUGUGCUACCAGAAGCUGAAGCAGUUCGACAAGCUUUCCUUCCUGUACCUCGCUACCGGUGACCACUCCAAGCUUGCUCGAAUGGCUAAGAUUGCUGAGCACCGUGGUGACUUUACCUCGCGAUUCCAGAACGCCGUUUAUCUCGGCGAGGUUGAGGAUCGCAUUCAGAUGUUCAAGGAGAUUGACCUCUACCCUCUUGCCUACAUGACUGCCAAGUCUCGCGGCCUUGAGGAGGAGUGCCAGGCCAUCCUCGAGGCCACUGGUCUGACUGAGGAAGACCUCACCAUGCCCACUCUCGGUGCUCCUCUGUCUACUCCCAAGCCGGUCGUGUCCACUUUCAAGGCCAACUGGCCCACCAAGGCUACUUCGCAAUCCUUCUUCGAGAAGGCUCUUCUUGGACAGGUUGAGGGUCUCUCGCUCGAGGAUGAGCCCGCUGCUGCCACUGGAGGCUUCGAGGAUGCCCUGGAGGAUGAUUCUGCUGCCAAGCGCAACGUCUCCUUGAUCGAUGAUGACGAUGAGGAUGUCGCCGGUUGGGAUAUGGGCGACGAUGAUGUUCCUGAGGUCGACAGCGACUUCGUUAAUGUCGAGAGUGCUGAUGCUGGCGGCGCUGCCAGCAGUGAGGCUGACCUUUGGGCGCGCAACUCACCCCUGGCUGUGGAUCACAUUGCUGGCGGUUCGUUCGAGACUGCUAUGCAGCUCCUGAAUCGACAGGUUGGCGCUGUUGACUUUGCACCACUCAAGCCGCGAUUCCUUGAGGUCUACUCGGCCUCCAGGACCUUCCUCCCCGCUUCCCAGGGCCUGUCACCCCUGGUGAACUAUGUCCGCCGAACCCUGGAUGAGACCGAUCCCAGAAGGGUUCUGCCUAUUAUCCCUCGGGAUUUGGAGCACCUUGCCUCCAACGACCUGCAGGCAGGCUACGACUCGAUGAAGUCCAACAGGCUGGAUGCUGGUGUCAACAUUUUCAGAGGCAUCCUGCACUCCAUCCUGGUCAAUGCUGUUUCGAGCGAGGACGAGGUGGCUGAGGCUAAGAAGCUCAUUGCUUCGGCGAGCGAGUACGCUGUUGCUAUGGACAUUGAGCUCUCGAGGAGACAACUGGGCUCUGCCGAGGUCGUCGCCAAUGACCCCGAGAAGCUUCAGAGAAGCCUUGAGCUGUCGGCAUACUUCACGAUCCCCAAGAUCGAGGUGCCUCAUCGACAGCUUGCCCUGCUCAGCGCCAUGCAGCUGGCCAUGCGCAACAGGAACUAUAACUCUGCCCUAAGCUUUGCUAACCGCAUCAUCGCCAAUGGCGGUGCUAGCAAGAUUGUGGAGAACGCCAGGAGAGCUAAGGCUCAGUGCGAGCGCAACCCUCAUGAUGCUGUUGAGAUCGAGUUCGACCAGUUCGCUGAGUUUGACGUGUGCGCGGCCAGCCACACUCCCAUCUACAGCGGCACGGCGUUCGAGGAGUGCGCCUUUGACGGCUCCAAGUACCAUACCCAGUACAAGGGCACCGUGUGCCGAGUAUGCCAGGUUUGCGAGAUUGGCAAGCAUGGCAGCGGCUUGAAGCUAUUCGCUUAAGCCUUUAAAGAGUAGAAGAUUUAAUGACUGGAGCGCAAGUUGGGACAUGGAGUUUCGAGUCAACGAUGCACAAAAGAAGCCAGGUGGACCGAUAGGGAACGUCUAUGGUUUUCAAAAAAGGCCGGACUUGGACGAUAGGUUGGUAGAACGAUGGCAUAGGAGUCAUGUCGUAUCUUUAUAGCUGCAACUUAGCCUGAAUUCAUGCGAGACGUACACAAUUCGAUAG